AUACGACUCUCAGCAGCGUUCUGACUUCACUUUCUCUGGGACAACUUCAAAAUUCCAAAUGAAACUUUAAUAGCAUUUUUCUUAAUAUUUUAUUCGACUAAGUGAGCUUUCACUAUGCUUAAGAAGCUGGUCAUCGGUUCGUCAAAGAAAUUUGGCACAAUCCAUCUACCAAAGGCCAAAUUGCACGCCUGUAAGGGCUUAUGCAGAAAGGACGACAGGCGCUUGCCAGAGGAUCUUUCGACGGCGAAAGAAGAUAAAUGCGUAACGAUUGAGAAGCGCAAGUGUAGUCAAGCAAAGGGUCCCUGUGAGCAGGAGGACGGUCCAUCUGCUCCUCGCUACUCUUGUUCCGUGAAUAAGCGAAUUAAGAAGUCCUCCUGUGAGACCCCAGACGAGGGUGGCGAAUCCAAACAUAAGUCCGAUGAGUUCAGAUCCAUGUGGAAGGAACCAGCCAACAAAAGCAAGGAACAGUUAGCGCUGUGGACCUUUCCACCCGAGUGCUGCCCGACUUGUGAAAAUACGCCCUUCGAUGUGUUGUACUAUCGGCCAUCAAAAAAGUGCCGCCCAUACCAACGCACCUGGUGGGAGUGCUGUCCCCGAAUGGUACCCAAACGGGUCUGCUGCUGGGGUGAUGCCAUUCCGCCCGAAACUGAGCGUCGUUGUCGAUCCUCGUCUAUUCAGACCCCCUGUUCAGCUGGUAAAGACAAAGGACGCAAGAAAUGCAAUGAAAGAGGCCAAGACUGUCCACGGCUAACGCUCGCUUGUUGCAGAGCAGCCCGCGUGCCGCCAAGCUGUCUUAUAAAACGAAGCCCGAAGGAUUGCGCGAAGCCCAAGUGUCCCUAUCCCAGCUUUUCGGAGUGCAAGCCAAUAGACCUGGCUGUGAUACCCGGCCGCGCUCCAGAAUGCCGUUGCAAAAACUUGAUGUCGAUAUGCGAUUCCGUUCGCGUUGACCACAGAAAAGAUGAGAUCGGCUCAAAAUUCUGCGAUUGCCCCACCUGCAAAUAGACUAAGUCUAUUUUAACUACAGUGUACAAUUUACUAUCCGGUGUAAAAUAUGCAAUAUAGUUUCAAAGGACUUUCUCUACUGCUAAGUCCGGUGAUACGCACAUGUGUGAUCCAAAAUAUAUAAGUCAAAUACAAAUACAA